UCACAGAUCUGUAAUACUGGAUCAGAGUUUUCUCUUAUUCAUUCCAAAGUUGAUAUCGAAUUAUAAUGGCUGGAAGAACUAGUAUCCCUAAUAAGAGCUCUGCACUCAUUGCCAUGAUUGCUGAUGAGGACACUGUAACUGGAUUUCUGCUUGCUGGAGUGGGCAAUGUUGACUUGCGCAGAAAGACAAAUUAUCUUAUAGUUGAUUCAAAAACAACAAUUAAGCAAAUUGAAGAUGCAUUCAAAGAGUUUACCACAAAGGAUGAUAUUGCCAUUGUCUUAAUCAGCCAAUAUGUAGCAAACAUGAUAAGGUUUCUAGUUGAUAGCUAUAACAAACCAGUUCCAGCCAUAUUGGAAAUCCCUUCCAAGGAUCACCCGUACGACCCUACAAGUGAUUCAGUUCUUUCGCGAGUCAAGUACCUCUUCUCUGCCGAAUCUGUGGCAGGAGACAGGCGUUGAUCAGUUUCAAGUAUUUCAAUAUGUUUCUCUAAUCAGGUCGCCAAAUAAGUUUUGAAUUUGACACCAUAUAUGCUCUUGCAUUUGUGCACACCAGGUGCUAUGUUACAGACAGACUUGCAGUUGGUUUGCUAUAUCUGUGUAUUCCUAGAUUCCUUGUGUCUAUCUAUAAAUACCAAUGCAAUUUGAGUGUUAUUAUACUUUAGUAAAUUAAAUUGAUCCUUGUCUCCCUUU